CAAUGUCAAGACUGUGACCUAGAAAAAUGACAAGAAAAUGAAAUGCUUCAUUUCACCUUUGUUGCAGAGUAUCAGGUAUAAAUACAAGUAUUUAGAAUUAACCGAAUCAUUCAGAAACCACUGAAGACCUGUAAAAAUGUUUUUUCUAGUUGUACUUUCUUGCGUGGCUUUAUCUCAGGCCUCCCAGAUUUUGCCGGCUAUUCUUCCUCAUGCUCAGCCUUACAACUUCGGGUACGCAAUUAGGGAUCACACCAGUGACCAAUACAGACAAGAGAAAGGAAAUGGACUCGGAGGUGUAGUGGGAAGCUACGGUUUCAAAGACGCCAGAGGAAUCAUUCGUAAUGUCAACUACGUCGCUGACCAUGCUGGAUUCAGAGCACAAGUCAACACCAACGAGCCAGGCACUGCCAAUCAGAACCCUGCAGCCGUACUUGUCAAUUCUCAACAACCUGUUGUAGUCAAGGCAGUGGCGCCCAUCCAUCCAGUUCCCGUAGUCAAACCUGUCCAUCCAGUUCCCGUGGUCGCUGCUCAUGGAGAUUACAGAUUCGGUCAUGGAUACGCAGAUAACUUGGGAUACUAUGGAGGCGUCAACUUUGCUUUGCCUUUAAUCGGAGGAGCUGUCAGAGGAUACGACAGCCGAUUCGCUAAUGUCAUCGUUUAAAUAAUGGUUCUCCUGUAAAAUAUUCGAUCCCUCUAGUAAUUUAAUACUAUUUGUAAUAGCUUCGUGAAUUUCUUAAGAAAAUCUUUAAGAUUUUCUCUCUCCUGCUUUAAAUUAUAUUUGCUUAGUAAUUUUCUUUAAACAAAGGAAGAAAAUUAUAAGUUAUUUUUGUACAGAUUCUGUACUUUGCUUUAUCUCACAGCGUGGAAUGCUGGGCAUUAAUUUCUAUAUACUUUCUGUGUUUUUCUUUUAAA